AUGCUGUCGCAGGGGUGGCAGGCGGCCUCUCUGCUGCUCCCGGGGCUGCAGCGUGCCACUGCAGUCUGCAGCGUGCUUGCCAGGGAGCUCUCUGGAGUUUCUGGAGCGGGGUUCAUCGGCGCGCAAUCGCCGCAGCAGCAGCAGGCACAGCAGCACGUUCCGCAGCAGCAGCAACACCAGCAGCAGCUCACCACAGCGCCCCCCUCGGCACUGGAGCAACGUCGCGGCUUCGCGCUGGCAAUCGCGCGGAAGCUGGAGGGCCGCAGCUACAACCUGCGCAACGAUGUGGUGCAGGGCCACUUCGACGGCCUCGCUGAUUACCUAAUCAAGGUGGUGCCAAAGUGGAUCAAGUUCGGGGUGGCGGGACCGCCGCAGAGCAACGACACUCACAACGAGCUGACUGUUUACACUACGCCCGAGACACUGCUGCCGCUGGCCAGGUUCCUGCGUGACCACGUAAACACGCAGUUCAAAUGUCUGAUCGACGUCACCGCCGUCGACUUCCCGGAGCGCCCCGCGCGCUUCGAGGUGGUAUACCACCUGCUGUCCCCGCGCUGGAACAACCGCAUCCGCAUCAAGGUGUGCGUGGACGAGGUGACGCCGGUGCCCAGCAUCUGCAGCGUGUACCCGGCCGCCAACUGGUUUGAGCGCGAGACCUGGGACAUGUUUGGGGUCUUCUUCAAGGACCACCCGGACAUGCGCCGCAUCCUGACAGACUACGGCUUCACGGGCCACCCCCUGCGCAAGGACUUCCCGCUGUCGGGCUACACUGAGGUGCGCUACGACUACGCCAAGAAGCGCGUCGUCAGCGAGCCUCUGGAGCUCAGCCAGGAGUUCAGGUACUUUGAUUUCCAAAGCCCAUGGGAUACGCUGCCCCGCUAG